AUGGGCAACUCCAAGAGUUGCUGCCUGAAGGCCAGUCCCAGUCCCAGCGCCAGCGCCAAGCUGGGUGGGGGCUCCAGGCGCGUUAAGUCAAAGCGUGAGUCUGAGGCUCAUGAGGCAGCUGCUAGGGACACAGGGGCAGUAGAAACAGUGCCUGCUGCCCCGAAGUCUGAGUCAACUUGCGGAGCCCUCAAGCGCCACCACCUGAAGAACAGCAGCGCCCCGGUGACGCCCCAAGAGCAAGACAAGAGGAAGAACAAUGAUGAAUGUCCAGGGCGCCUCACUAAAGGAUAUGGGUCGUGUCCGACAGUGUUUCCCUCUGACGAUACCAUCAGGCAGCCAGACUUUAAAACCAUCAUCCAGUCCUGUGUGGCCGAACUUCUUGAUAGUAAAAUACGAGGAAAACGGGUGGUGGGCGGCGAUCUAAAAGUUGGACGUAAAUCAAUCGAUAUUUUCAAUGAGAGAAAGCACCCCUUCAGACACGAAAUACUUACAACGGACCACUUUCUGCAUGACCCUGAACUGAAGAGUGUCUACAGAUUUGUCUGUGCCCUUUUCAGUGCUGAACACCUCACCGCUGAAUGUGCGAUUGUGACCUUGAUUUUCAUGGAAAGGCUGUUGGACUAUGCACAUAUUGACAUGAAUCCCACUAACUGGAGAAGAAUACUUUUGGGAUCCGCCCUUCUUGCCUAUGAGUAUUGGGACAAACAGACUGUGUGGGGCAUGGACUACUGCCAGCUCAUCAACAACAUCAUUACCGUCGAUGACAUGUGA